AUGUCUAAAGCAAAACGAAAGCGCUCUUUAUCGAAAAUUUCUGUUGAUGAAGAAGGAAAUGCGACAUCCCCAAAGAAAGCAAAAGAAUCUGUAUCCACAAUAUCAGAGGUCGAGUUUAAAUUUUUUCUGCGUGACGAAGAAACAAUUACUGAAGGACUCCAAAAAUUUGUCCAGACAUCUGAAUUAUUCAGCGAUGGAUAUCCCUGUACUGACAUUGUGGUCAAUUAUUGUACUAGUUCAUCGAAUGUGGCAGAGCUGUGGAACCUGAUUGAACCAAGUAGCUGUAAAUUGAAAAUAAAUGAAGUCGCUUUAGUAUUUCAGUGUCUUGAACAAAUUUUGACAAGAAUUCGGACUGAUUUAUUCAAGAUGUCCUCAAUGGGUGAAGCUAUCGUACAAAGAUUGCUUGCUGCUCACAUGGGACAGGUCUAUAAUUGUCUUAGAGAUCAGAAUAAAUCUAAAACCAUCAAGUCAGCUGUCACAUUACUCAUUGCUAUGGUCCUGCUAAGUGACAAGUCUAAAAAGACUGUUUUGGCAAGGCUUAACUUUGGGCAUCAAAAUUUUCCUCCAUUGUUUAAACGAAGAAACAGAAAGGAUCCCCAAGAUGUGAGAAGUUGUAUGGUUCUACUAACACUGGCCUUCCUUCUGGACAGUGAUAAUGCUGUCAUUACAGUCUUGGUACAACAGAAAACUUUUCUACAGUUUGUUAUUGCUGGACUGAUGUAUGAUUCUAAAGAAGUGGUAGUAGAUACACUGGCUACCUUAAUGGAUAAGGUUGUUAAAUGUCCAGGUGUAAGUAAAACAGAUAAAAUCAAAUUGUUCUCUGAAGUAACUUUGAAGCAGAUCUGUGAACUCUUCAACUGGAAAGGCCCCACAGGCUGGACUGCUGGCAAAAAAAGUAAAAGCCAAGAAGAAUUGAUUGAAGCUGAUGAAGGAGACAAGCAAGUGGUGGCAUCUGUGGCAUUUAAUUUUCUGACAGAACUUUGUUGUUCUCAUAAACAUGGCAUCAAUUUCUACGACAAGACUGUAGGAACAGGAAAUAGGACUCACAAUCAAUUGCUAGCUCACUUCUUGGACUGGCUUGUCAAGAAAAUAGAUGAAGAGCACAUAGCUGACUUGGUCACCAGCAUUCUCUGUACCUGUCCUGACCUUAUUAAAUCAGUGUUGAACAGCUUGUCGCCAUCCUUCUCUCCUCGCUGGUCAGACAAGUGGAGUAAGCUUAUGGACUGGCUGGCUAAACUUUAUGGCUCCAUACCAGACAAACUCUUAACUCAGCCUGAGAUGCUGUAUGAUGCCAAUGCCAUAGUGUCCAUAGCAACAGUGUUCUGCCUUCCUCCUCCUAAAGUAGCUGUCAUCUUACAACAAAGUGUGAAGCAUGAAGAUAUUCGUGUUCGUCAUAAAGUCUUUCAAGUUGUCAUGGCCCUUGCUAUGAAGGCCAGCAAUAUAAAAACUGAAUUGAGUCAGCGUUUGUGUGCCGAUAAAACAAACAAGCUCAGAGAAUCAAUAUUAGAUUUAUUCACAGCAAAUGUGUUUAUGAUGUUACCAACAAUAAAUCAGAUUUUUGUGUGUGUGGAUAAGGUGAUGCAAAAAAUAUCUCAGAAUGACAAGAAAGAUGAAGAAGUCCUAGAUGUUGGUGAACAUAUCAAUGUGAUUCUACAAGUGCUGACAUUAUAUCAACACAUUUCACCCACUCUGGUAUCUGAAAAACCUAAAGAUCUUGCAAAGUUAAUUGAGAUGGUCAGUCAGGAAGCAGCUGACAUUAAUGUUAAUACAGACAGAGAUGAGGAUGAUCAUGAAGAAAAACCCAGACUUUUGCAGCCACAAUUCUAUUUACUUAAACUGCUUUCUGGGAUUGAUGCCAAACUACUGUCUCUAGGACGUGAGGGUAUGAUUCACAAACUGCUCUCACUAGCAAGUCAUUCAGGUCAAUACAAGAACACAUGUGUGGGACUGAUUUGUAAAAUGUUAAAAAGUGUGGAAAUAUUUAGUCACCAUGAGAAAGAGCUUUAUGUCUGGAUAGAGACAGCUUUAAGAAAUACAAACACUGAAUUCCUAAAAGAGAGCAUCAGUUUCCUGGCCAACAGUUUGUCAACUCUGAUCAACAAUCCAGCACCAUAUCUGGACAGGUUGCUUGAGGUGAUAGCUGGCCUUGACAUGACAGAUGGGAAUACUUUAGAGACUGCUGGAAGUGACAAAAAUACACUUAAUGACAUUCUAGCCAUGGACAUGAAACUUCUAGAUAAGAAACUAGCAGCCUUUGAGCCAUCUUCCAUUCACAUAUGUGACCAAACCUUGAACCUUUACCUCUCACCUUUGGCCUUGGUAGUUUUAGACAAUUUGGAGAGCAACACCAAAGUGGCUGGCAGUAUAAAAACCUAUAUCAGUCGUGUUUUUGUUCAGUUAGUCUACACAAUUGCAUCACCCCAGACUUUGGCCAGAGUUUUGUCCACAUGUAAAACUACUUUGGAUGGGAAUGUUCUAGAAUAUAUUUUCUAUUGGCUUGAUAAUAAGAUUUGGCCUUGUAAACUAAAACCUCUCUCAGCUGAGACGUAUGGAACAUGCAGUUACAUCUUGAUGAGAGUUUUCUUUGGUCAGAGCAAACUAGAAAUGUCUAGCAGCACUGUUAUUGACCAGUUGACUCAAGAGCUGAAAGCACUGGACACUGCAGCUAAACUAAAUGUACUGAGACAGGUGGUCUUUUACCUGACUGAGACAGCCAGAAGACCUCAAAGUGGAACUGUGUGUCAGAAAGUUUUGAUUGUUUUCACAUCCAUUGCUGAGAUUUUGAUAGAUGAGUUAGCUGCUGCUGAAAAGUGGGAUGAAGUGACAGCUAAGAAAGAUCAAUCUGAGCAAAGCUCAGACAUGUCAUUGUUAGUCAAUGAACUACAAACAGCUAAACUAAACUACAGCCACUCAGAACUCAGCAAUGUUAGCCAUCCCAUGAAUAAUGCUAAAGAAGAGAUUAUUGAAAUACUACAAAAUACUUCUAUAAAUAGCCUGAUAUUUCCUAAGUGUACACAACUCAGGGAUUUAAAAAAUCUUGACAAUGUACACAAAGUUGCUUGCUUGUUUUCAAAGUUCAUGAAUACUAUUUUGAUGAAAUGCAAAACUUGGACUUGGUUUGCAUCUGAAAAAGAACUUUUGAAAACUGUUGUGUUUGCUUUGCUGGCCAGCAUGAAAGAAGUGGAGAAGACUUCAGACCUAUACACAAUUUAUCUGAACCUAUUGAACACAGUGUAUCCAAUGUUAGAUCUGAUCAUCUUGUCCAGAUGUAUCACUCAGAUGCUUAAGAUGCCUUUGUCUGACUUCUUUGAAGAAGGUUCUUCAGAAGAGACAGAAACUUUCAGAGUCCUUUGUCUGCUGUUGCAGCAGUGGGUGCACCUGAUUGAAAUAGAUCCAAGUUUCACCAGUUCUACAAUAUUUCAGCAACUCACUCAAAAAAGUCACAGCACUAAAUCACAUAAUCCACCAAGCAAUAAUUGUUACAGCUGUGCCAUCCGAGUAACUUUUAGUAUUGAGGAGACGACUUCAUUGUCGCCUACAGAGUUUGUUCCCUUGUUUGAGCUCUUAACUCAGUGCCAAAACAGCCAGUUUUUAAAUGUUGUAUUGUUUGUUGUCACUCACCUGUCAUCAGAGGUAGUACAUCACAUAGGGGACACAGUUCUGUAUCAAAUGUUGGGGACUCAAAUGUCACUGAAGGCUGGAGCCACAACAGAACUGAUAGUUGCAUGUCUCAUAGAAAAUGAUGAAGAGUUCUACCUGAAGUCUGAGAAAUGGAUGCAAGCCAAUGCCAGUAAAGUGUUUAGGAAAAAGAAAUGGAACUUAAUCAGGUCCUAUCUUACAGCUUUCAGCAGAUUCUCAGAGAAAAAUGAAGAGAUAAUGAAAAAGUUAAAAAAGGCUGCACUUGAAUUUCUUACAACAGACAAUUUUGAUAUUAGUUGCAAAGAAUUGUUACACAUCUACCAGCAAUUGUCUGAAAUUAUCCAGUCAAAAGACCAACAUUUCCAGGCGGUCCUGGCCAAAGCUAUGUUAGAGUCUAUCAAGUCACAUGAUGUGCCUGACAAAUGUAACCAGUUUGCAGUGCUGCUUCUGUCUUCCAAGUUUGCUUACCUGUCAAGUGAUGAAAGAAAAAAAUCCACCCAUAAGCUGCUGGACCUACUGCUGAAGCAUCUGACUCACUUGACUUCAUCGAAAACAAACAGACAUACAGACACAGAGACAUACAUCUUGGAUUCACUUCCUCAGCUGAUUCCAGAUUGUACAGACAGCACACUUUCAUUUCUCCACUCCUACUGGAACAAACUGGUGACUAACACUCUCAGGUUUAUGUUCAUGAAUACCAAAUUGCUGAAAGUUCUCUGCCAGUUAGUUCCCUUUGUUUAUGCUUCCACUACUACUAUGACAGUGGUCAAUGCUCAGACCAUGUUUCAAAUGUGUGUCAACCACACUGGUUUUAUGAAUGUCAUGAUGACCAAAGAACACACAGAAGUUAAAAGUGAACUUGUCCAUCUCCUACACCUUCUUGGGGACAAAGAUCCUUCUGUAUAUGAAACUCAUCUUUCUAAGGUCCUUGUAGGAUCAUAUAAUGCAACUUUGUCUGAAACAGAUCAGAGACUUCUGGAUAUGAUCAAAAAGUGUCAGAAAGAUUCUAAAAAAUUUGAGUGCCCAUCAGUGUGGGGUAAGACUGCCAUAGAGCGACACACUGUAUCCAAAGUACUAGGACCAACUCUAGACAAAGAAGCUUCAGUCAAAUCUAUCCUGGAACAAAUAGAUCAGAGACAAAUGCAGGAAUCUAUUUUACAUUUUCCUCUCCGAAGGACUCAGAUGUCCACCAAUGUCACACAUGCCAGAGAGUUCAAGUCUAAGCCAACAUGCUACGACCCUAAUUUUUUUUUACCUUUGUUUGUACAGAUUCUCUCACCUGAUAAACUUGUUCCCCUGCGUUUGUUUGUUGAGAAGGGUUGCUUGAGUUACCUCCUCAUUGCACUCAGCAGCCAUGACAUCAAGUGUCGUCGCUUGGCCUAUCAUGCACUAAAUGACUUUCACGAUCAUGCCGAGGGUUCCAGGUGGCAGGAAAGACUAGAAGUAAAUUAUGUCUUAGACCUUAUCAACGGCAGCAGAGACCAAGAUGCUCAGAAAUUGCCUUAUGUCAUAGCCUUGUUCUUUGCCAGGGUGGUGAAGAUAUUGUUGUAUCCAGCUGACCCACUUUAUGUUCCUCUAUUCAAAUUUUUUGUUGCCAAAUCUGAGAUUGACUUACGGAACAUUCCAGAAUUUUACCAGCUGUUUUUUAGUCCACAUCUUCAGUACAAGCAAGAAAGGAACUGGCUGCUUUCACUUCUCUCUGAUGGCUUGAGGGAAACGUCAGACUAUUGGAUCUAUCAGAAGAAACUGAUCUUUAAAAUCCUCUUUUGCUACUAUGACUCUUCUAUCAGUGACUUUAAAUCUCAAGAACUGAUUCUAAAAACUCUACAAAAUGCCAGCCAAGAAAAGUUUAUAGCUGUUGAUCUAGUCAGAAAACAUGGGCUGAUGUCCUGGCUGUUGAAUGUGUCUAAAGGAUUAUCAAGAUGCCCUGACCACACGGAGCUUGUCUGUGAUCUGGUGCACACUCUCUGGAUCACCUUGGCUACAAUGAACUAUGCCACAUCUUCACCUGGCACUUUGACCAAACCUGGUGAUGGUUGGAGGGCUACAGAGGUGGACAAUGACAUUGUGGAGGAGGAUGUUGAAAUGCAAGAUGAAAACAAAGACAGAAAACUGGACAAGAAAACCAAGAUCACCAGUGGUCAGUCUGCCAAUGUUCCAACAUCUACCAAGGUGGAAAUGGGUUUAGUGGUCAAGUGUAUUAUCUGGACUUUAAGAAAUCCUUCCAAUCAAAGUCUGUUGAAGCUGUUAGAGGUCAUGAAUAUGUUGUUGUCUCCUGACACUCAAGUUGAGCCCACACUGGAAUGGAACAGAAAGACAGUCUGUUGUGUCAGUCUUAGCUCAGUAGAGGCCAGCCUCCUGUUGUACCAUGCUGCCAACAUAUUACAGUUACCCAGAAUUGCAGUGAAGGCUGCUGAACUCUUGAAACAGGAAGGAGUUGUUCCAGAGACACUAUUGACUAAAGUUACUUCAAGACCAGAGAUCACAUUAACAAAGAGAGAUCACUCUAAAACAGAAGAUGUCACUGAAGCAGAUGAUCUUAAUGAUGAUUCAUUACUAAAUAACACUGUAGGGGAACUCACUGAUGAGCUGUUCAAGACAGAACAGGAUGCUGACCUACAUAAGACGUUCAGUUUUGAAGAAAAACAAAAACUGCUGUAUUUAGUCUGUAGAAUAUCAAAUGUGACCAGGACACUUCAGUUUGUAUGAAUAUCAAAUGUAACCAGGACACUUCAGUCUGUAUGAAUUCUUUAACUGAUGUAGAUAGAAUGAAAUUACAACAGAUUUACAAAU